AUGAAGCUAUUAAGGGGGCAUUUGGAUAUCCUGAAGCAACAUCUACAGAAAGCAAGUGAGUGCAAUGCAGAAGGAGGAGUGAAACCUCGUGCCUGUGAAAUUUUGAAAAAUGAAAGAAUCAGACCUCCUUGGGGAGAAACGAGGAAUGACCCCGACAUCCCGCCCGAGUAUGAAGGGUAUGAACAAAUUUAUAAGUUUGCUCCAUCUCUGUGUAAGGAGUUGGAGGCUUGGUUAUCAUUAUUUAAGCAGGGCCAAGAUGAGUCUGAACGGCUAUAUCGUAGCAACUGUUUACAAUAUAAAAGAGGGAAUUUCUCGUCAUCAGAAACUCCUGGGGAGAAUUGUUUGCCAGAUCGAUCAAGACAGGAAUGGGAUGCCAUAGCCAGGCAGGCAAAGUAUAGGACUACGAAUUCCAGUCAUGUCAGAUUACAAUUAUGUGCUGAAAUAGUAACAAUUAUUGCGAGAGGCUUUAAUCUCAAUAACACAGCAGCACAAGUGAAGGAAGAGAAGGCAGAGAAGGAUAAUCAGUGUCAGCAAGUAUAUGAAUUAUUGAGGAGAUGGGCAACCCCAAAAGUCGCUGAAGAAAUAAUGUCGCAGUGGUUCGUAGGGGAUAAUAACGGCGGGCGAGGCAGAGAAAUAUUCUCCUUAUCAGGAAUAGAUAUCUUUGAAAUGAUAACCGCCAUACUUACACAAGGGAACUAUCAGAGUAAGAAUAUAUUCUGUGAAAUAGAUAAGACACCAGACGGUCAAACACCAGACACUCCCAGGGUAUAUAAGACGAAAAUUACAGAUUGGGAGUCUUUUAACAAAGCAGUUGAAGAUGUCACGAGAAUAAUAACAGGGGAAUCUGAAAUCUGGGAAUCAGCCGCGGAGGCAGUAGAGAAGAGGACGCAAGAGUGCCUACAGUGGAAGGAUGGGGGGAGUCAUUCUGCCGUCCUACAGAACUCCCAUUGUGGAGCGAACGGAGGGCGGGGAAGUUCAGCCGACCACGCAGUAUCUGAAACGGUGAGUCCCACCCCCCCGAGUAGUUCUGGGGGGGGAGCGAUAAUACACCUGGUGUGGCAGGGGAUAGGGGGCUUUAUGGGGUUGGUUCUGACGGGGGCUAGUCUCUAUGGGUUAUAUAGAAUUAUGGGGGCGCGAAGGGGUAGGCUAUCACGGCGUCGGGAACGGGUCCAGUGCCUGCAGGUGGCAUAUCCCUCUGGAUUAUGA